UGCUUCAUCAUGUUAUGCGCUACCGUUAUAUGUGUAACAUUGACGGGCCUGAGUAUUCCCAAUCUGCUUGAGUUCUAUGUUAGCCUGACGGUAUCCUCGUCACCUCUAUAUUUCCCCAGCCUGGUGUUCAUUGGCCUGUGGAUCACCAAGAACAAUUUGACUGAGAUCGGCUGCUACGUUCGCAACAUGGAGUCGGUCUCCACUCUGGGCCUGACGACCGUUAUUUGCUCUAACCUGCUUGGCUCCAUGACGCAGCGCACUUGGCAGAUCUCCGAGCUGUUUGUCGAUGGCGAACUGCUCAAUGUGCAAUCGGAUUUCGAUGAGACGGAUCAUUUCCGGCAUCUGAUUCGCGCCUCCGUACUGUGCAAUCAGGCCAACUUCGCGCCCGGCCAGAGGGGCCUGCCCACCAACCAGCAGGCGCUCGACGGCACCGAGUACGAGAAGGCGGUGCUCAAGUUCGCCAUCCGGUUUGUGGAGAGCCUUCAUGUGCUGCGCGUCAAGCAUAAGAGGGUCGCUUACAAGUCCGUGGACUUCAUUAGCCGUCUGCAGGUUAGCGUCCAUGUGACGGUCAACGACGAUGAUGAGACGGAGUAUUAUCUAUAUAUACGCGGGCAUUGGGCCGAGGUCAUGGAUCACUGCACCACUUGCUAUAUGGAGAAUGAGGCUGAGCCAGUUGAGCUGAGCGCCGAACUGCAAGAUGAGGUGAUUAGUCAUGGCCUCCAGCUGGAGAAGCUGGGCAGGCACACAUAUGCCUUUGCCUCCAAACGCCUGCCCGCGGAUGACUAUAUGCUGUCGUUGAUCUCGAACAGUUUCAGUUAUAGCAACAAUAAGGUCUUUUUCAGCUUCAUGAACACGUAUUCGAAUUCCAUGUGCUUCUUGGGCCUCAUUGCGGCACAAAAUCCGCCGUAUCCCCAUGUCAUAGAUGCCAUCGCUCAGUGUCGCACUGCGGGCAUCAAGCUGGUGUUCAUGACCCGGACCGACGUGAAUUUCGCGAGUGCCAUUGCCAGAGCUGUGGGCGUCUUUGAGGAGGACAGCGACAUCGCUGACAUGGCGGAGACAUUCAACAUGGCAUUGCCCCGGGUCGAGCACCGGUUGGUCACAGCCGUCACGGUCAACAUGCAGAACAUGAGCACGCAGGUGCAUCACCAGCGCUGGAACAUCGAGCAAUUGCUCCUCUCCCAUGUGGACGUCGUCUUCAGCCGCAUUGCCGUCUCCCAGCGCUACCUGAUCAUCGAUAGCUGCCUGCAGCUGGGCGCUGUGGUCACGGCGAUCGGCAGCUCCGUCCACGAUACGUCGGCCAUUCGGUGCGCGAACGUGGGCGUCUCUGAGGCCUCCUCGUCCCAGGUGAGCCAGUCCUGUGCCGACAUCAUUGUGCUGGGGAACAACUUUGUGACGGUGGUGAGGGCCAUUGCCCAGAGUCGUCUGCUAUUUGAGAACCAGAAAAAGGCCUUGGUCUAUGCGAUGGCCACGAAUAUGUCCAUGGUAGUGAUUCACUUUCUGUUCGUAGUGCUGCAGAUGCCAUUCCGAAUGCCUCUGGUGCCGUCGAUAUUCAUUUCAAUCUUUGUGAAUCUGAUACCCGCUUCCACGCUCUUCUAUGAGCCUGCCGAGUUUGAUCUUAUGAAGGUAAUACCGCGGGUCAAUGAGGAUUUCUUGGUUAACCGACGCAUGCUGUUUGUGUCCUACAUAAAUGUAGGCCUCCUGGAGGCCAGCGCCGUGGUACUGGCCUACAUUGUCUAUAUGCUGCACAAUGGUUUCCUGCCGGGAGCCCUGUUCGGCCUCAGUGUGCGAUGGUACGACGAUUCCCUCAAUGAUAUGAUGGACUCCUAUGGCCAAGAAUGGACGCGCGGUGCACGGCUUCAGCUGGAGUAUGAGAUGACUUCGGUGAUCGUCAUCACCUUGACUGUGAUGCAGCUGGUCAAUCUUGUCAUUUCCAAAACAGCGCGCGUCAAUCUCUUAAGCCAUGGCUUUGGCAACCUUCGCCUGAACCUUGCCCUCGUUUAUAUGAUCGGCAUCUGUUUUCUGUUCACCUUUACCAGUGCGCCCGAGCAACUGCAGAGUUUACCAGUCGACUAUCUACCCAUCUUCCUAUAUGUCUUUCCGUUGGCCAUACUAACCGUUCUUUUAGAAACCAUGCGACGUUAUAUACUGAGAAAAUAUCCUGGCUCCUGGCUUGAGGAGGUAUCAUAUUACGGAUGCCUAUAAGAAUAUAUGUGAAUAUGUGAAUAUGUGAAU